AUGCAGACUGCUUCUACAAACAUUUGUGAAAGACUGUGUAAUAAGUCCAACCGUGAAAUUUCCUUGCAACUAAAUAUUCCACAGUCAACUGUUAGUGGUAUUAUAACAAAGUGGAAGCCACUGGGAGCAACAGCAACUCAGCCACCAAGUGGUAGGCCACCUAAAAUGACAGAGCGGGGUCAGUGCAUGCUAAAGCACAGAGAGUGCAGAAGUCGCCAACUGUCUGCAGAAUCAGUAGCUAUAGACCUCCAAGAUUCAUGUGGUCUUCAUAUUAGCACAACAGUGCAUAGAGAGCUUCAUGGAAUGGGUUUCCAUGGCCGAGAAGCUGCAUCCAAGUCUUACAUCACCAAGUGCAAUGCAAUCGUUGGAUAUAGUGGUGUAAAGCACGCCGCCACUGGACUCUAG